CGGGCGGGGGCGCGCGGAGCGCUGGGCCGGGCCGGGCCGGGAGCACCAUGGACGGGGGCGCGUACGGAGCGGGCAAGGCCGGGGGCGCCUUCGACCCCCAGACGCUGCUGCGCCAGCCGCACACCGUGCUCCGCUUCGUGUCCUGGAUCUUCGCCAUCGUGGUGUUCGGCUCCAUCGUCAACGAGGGUUACCUCAACAACAUCCAGGAGGGCGACGAGUUCUGCAUCUACAACCGCAACCCCAGCGCCUGCAGCUACGGCGUGACGGUGGGCGUGCUGGCCUUCCUCACCUGCCUGCUCUACCUGGCGCUCGACGCCUACUUCCCGCAGAUCAGCAGCGUCAAGGACCGCAAGAAGGCCGUGCUCUCGGACAUCGGCGUCUCGGCCUUCUGGGCCUUUCUCUGGUUCGUGGGCUUCUGCUUCCUGGCCAACCAGUGGCAGGUGUCCAAGCCCGAGGACAACCCGCUCAACGAAGGCACCGACGCCGCCCGGGCCGCCAUCGCCUUCUCCUUCUUCUCCAUCUUCACCUGGGCUGGCCAGGCCUUCCUGGCCUUCAAGCGGUACCAGAUCGGCGCCGACUCGGCCCUCUUCUCCCAGGACUACACGGACCCCAGCCAGGACCCCAACAUGCCUUACACCCCGUACGUGGAACCCAGCGCCGGGCCUGACCCCGCUGGCAUGGGUGGCAGCUACCAGCAGCCGGCCUUCGACGCCGAGCCCCAGGGAUACCAGUCCCAGGGGUACUGAACCUCUGACCGCCGGCUGCUCUGUGGGUGCAGGGGACCUGGGGGGUUCUCCCUGUGUGUGCGUGCGUCCCUUCAGGGAGUUUGGGCUGUCCGGGGGCCCCAGAGCCAGUGAGCUGGGGGACGUGGGGUGUCCCCCGAUGGACUCUCAUCACAGCCCCCUAAAGAUCCCUGCUAGGUGGAGGAAGGACAGGCUGUGGGACGGGUCUCCUGCC